GAUCGACCGCGCGACGCGCGCGAUGGCGUCGCGCGCGGUGUCGAUCGACGCGCGCGCGCGCGGCGACGCGAUGGCGUCGCGCGCGACGCGCGGCGCGACGCGGGACGGCGCGCGACGCGCGACGCGCGGAACGCAGACGACGACGACGCGACGACGCGCGAUGACGACGACGCGAUGCGAUGGGCUCGCGCGGACGGGACGCGGCGGCGCGACGAGGGACGCGUCGACGUCGACGAUGAUGGGCGCGGGCGCGGGCGCGCGGGGAGGGGUGGCGCGACGCGCGCUGGCGGAUCGACCGACGCGAGAGGCGGCGGAGGACGAGGACGCGCGCGCGACGGGCGCGAGCCGGGUGAAGUCGAGGGGGGGGGUGGACGUCGUCGUCGCGACGAAUGACUUCGCGUUUGAGAUCGCGGCGAAUCUCAGGGCGACGGCGUUUUACGAUGAUCUCGCGGAGAGGCACGAGAUGCCGUUUCCGCCGCGGUUCACGCCGACGUUUCAUCGGGAGUUCGCGCAGCGCGAACGCAAGGCGCUGCGGGAGCGGACGACGAGACGCGUGGGGCCGGCGCUGGAGUCGCGAUGUUUCAUGGCGGAUUGCGAAGGAUUGGGGUUAGUGGGGUGUUUGGACGUCAGCGUGCGCGAGGGGCCGUGCGCGAGUCAGAUCAACGGCGUGUGCGUGCCGGAGGGGGCGUCGUACGCGUACGUGGACAACGUGGCGGUGGACGCCGCGGCUCGUCGACGAGGGUCGGCGAAGCUCAUGAUGGAGUGCGCGAGCGACUGGGUCGAAGAGCGUGGAAUCACGGAAAUCUGGACGCACGUGCACUGCGAUAACGUGGGCGCGCGAAGAUUGUACCACGCGUACGGUUUCCGGGCGCCCAGCGGCUCGCAUCCGGAACAAGGCUUGCCGAAUUACUUCAACGGCGAGCGAUUGAAGGGCCUAAUCUUAAUGCGAGCCCCUGUGCCGCUGGUGUACGAGGCGCGCGUUGACGCGGUUUGCGGAUGCGGCGCGUGCUUCGCGCGCGUGGACGAGUGCAUCUGCAUCAAACCCGCGGUCGCCGCGCGUUAACGCCGCCUCGAGUCGAGACUACUUAAACUUUGUUGUACUUUUCCUGCCCGCCGUACUAUAUGCGCGCU